UGUUAGCGCCGGUUCUGUCAGGUGACUAUAGGUUACAAUCCUGCCUUUUGAAUUCUGGGGAGGUGAUUUGGAUCUUUACAGCCGAUUUUAAGACUCAACACAAUAAUAAAUGGCUGUGAGGGUUGUAAUUAGAGCUAUUGCACCAAGCUCUCUCUCGCUUUCUCUCUCAUUGGCUCUCUCUCUCUCUCUCCCCUGAUUCACUCACUCAUCGGGGUCCCUUACUUUGUGUUGUCUUUCUCCUACUCUCUCUCUGUCUCUGUCUGUGACUGGCUCUGUGGAGGGAAGCAGCCUCAGAGGUGUCUGUGACACCCUUCAGCACAGCUAAGGGCACCGCUUCAGAGAUGCUACCACUCUCCAACUAUUUACAGUAGUUUGCCCUUUGGAAAGUGUCUGAACUGCCACUGCACAAUAAUUGUAAUAUUUUUUUUUUUUUUUUUUUGUCCAAGGAAAGAAAAGUACGGGGCUGAUCUGUGCUUUUACGCAUGGAAGUUGGAAUCAGCCUCAUUACCUUUACGCAUGGCUGUGUCUCGUCUCUUCGGAAGAUGCUGCCGGGCUUAUGAGAGCGUGUCAGGGCGUCAAGAGCGGGGUAAAAAGUGAGCAACGAUGCGGGGCACUGAGCUGCUGCUCGGUUACUUUCUGGUGAAAGUUAUGGUGUGCGACGCGGAGGGCGAGCCGGGUCAGACCGUCGACGACUUCAUAAUAGUAACCGGGUUCAACGACUCAAAGGAAGGGGAGAGCAGAGUCACGGAGAACCCGCACAUGGAGGACAAGUGCCGAGGCUACUACGACGUGAUGGGCCAGUGGGACCCGCCGUUCGUGUGCAGGACGGGCAGCUACCUGUACUGCUGCGGCACCUGUGGCUUCCGGUUCUGCUGCGCGUUUAAAAGCUCCAGGCUGGACCAGACCACCUGUAAGAACUACGACACCCCGCCGUGGAUGAUGACAGGCAAACCCCCGCCGAAAGUGGACGUGGCGCUGGACACCGCGAAGGAUAAAACGAACCUCAUUGUGUAUGUCAUAUGCGGGGUCGUGGCCAUAAUGGCACUGAUAGGAAUUUUCACCAAGCUCGGUUUGGAAAAGACGCACCGGCCGCACAGAGAGAACAUGUCGAGGGCUCUCGCACACGUGAUCCGCCACCCAGCGACAGAGCAUACGGACGACAUUGGACUUGGCCAGCACUAUGAGAACAUACAAACCAGAGUCACAGUUAACAGUCUCCAUAGCAACCAGAUGAACAACGUGGUUCAAACUUCAACUUUAAUAACUCAGCCUUACCCGGCCGUGGGACAGAUCACCAGCCCUUACGAACAACAGAAGCCUGUCAAGGAUCUCAACAAGUACGCCACGCUCAAGGCCGUGGAGAAAGCCAACGACAGCUUCUACAGCAACCGUCGGCAAGUGAUCGAGAUGACAACCAAGGGCAGCCUUCCCAUGGAAGCUGUGGAUAUGGAGCCAGAGCCGAGUAAUCCCUACAGCCCACCAAGACAGCUGUCUACAAAGCAGAAUGGACACAAGUACAAAAGCCCCAAGAGUCACAGCUCCCAGACGCUCUGCUACGGCUCCAGCUCUGCUGCCAGCCCGGGGGUGCUAAGGUCCUGGGAGAGCAAGGAGACGUCGGGACCCCGACAGAGCUACGGCCCAAAGAAACUCUGCAUCGUAGAGAAGGAGCUGCACACCACUCGCUACAUGCUCCCACAACCGUACUUUGUCACCAACAGCAAGACAGAAGUGACAGUAUGAGGGAUUGUCUAAACACCGGGCUUAAAAGGAGUCUGCAUUUAAGAUGCUGACCGAGGGUUUUCUCUCCAAGAAAGCAGCACAGACUCCUGUAAGUGCAGUUGUGCAUGUAAUGGGCAGCAUUUAAGAUGCCACCUGAAGGUGAAGUGUGCUGGAACAUGAAACGGUAUCAAUCACCGUGGCCUCAGGAAGGCACGGUGGUGAAUAUAUUGUCAUCAAUAUUCAUAUAAUCCAAGUGCUAAAACAAAACACAAAGCUAAAUAAAUCAUAUAUAUCAAUGAUGGGACAUGUGACACAUACAGGACAGCUGUCAAUAUUCACUAUAUCAUAUCAAAGGACCUGCAAAUUAGAGCAUCUAAUGUAACUUUUAUUAAAUCAACGGUGUCUAAAUGAGAAAAUCUUUCUUAUUUACUGUAUUUAAUCAAGGUUGAGUCGUCUAAGGUUAAUUGGGUUUUGGUGACAUGCUUUAUUGGACAGUUUAUAGAUGCUGUUUGAAAAAGGUUGGCACUGCUUACAUGACAAGGAGGAGAAAUGAUUGCACUACUCCAAUAAGUGUAGUGUUUUUGGCUUGCCUGUCUGAGGCUGAUAAAUUUGAGCAAAUUACCUGAAUAAAUUGAACCAGUCGAAAUUCUCAUUAUUUUAUUUAUUUGAAAUGAAAAGUAUGUUACACUAGUGACUGUUAAUGAGUAAGAAGUUAUAGUCACAGUUAUAUGAGGAUAACUAACAAUUUUGGGAGAUCAAAGGGAAUUUUUGGAUUUUCUUUUUUUAACUUCAUUGUCCUCUAGAAUUGAAUCACACCGAAAGCUGUACCCUGCUCUCAAUAUGAGCCCUCCAAAAGAUUGAUUAUAUUUGUGUUGUCUUUAAAAGCCAGUAAAUCAUGCCCAAUUUAGACGGCCAUGACUAUCACUAACUUAAGUAAGAGCUGUUUUGAUUUAAGAAAAAGACUUUGAGAUAUAAAAUUGUCCAAAAGUAAGUUAUUCAGGUUCAUUUCCAAAAUGCUGCACAUUCAUUCUGGGGACAAAUCAUAAGCUAAGUUUAUAUCAGUCAGUAUUUCUAAAAUGUAGACGGUUGAGUCUGUGAAAGCGUUACCUGUUGACUUAAAUCACUUAAGAUCCAUUUAAAUUUUGUGAAUGUAGUGUCACUUUAGAUGUCUCAUUUUACAGGAAAACUGCAUUCAAACCAAGUCACUGCCAACAGACAUCCUACUGAUACAUAUUUCUAUGAUAACUAGCAGAAGUAGCUGCAGAUUGUUGAACCAGUGUUGUAUUGGUGUAAUAGUGCCUCUCAUCAGUACCAGCAUGUGUGUGAUUAUCCUAGAAUAUACUGUAGAUGAAGCCCCAGGAUUAGAACGCCGAUUGGUCUUAUUCUUAGGCAUCGAUCAUUGCCCCAACGAACGUCAUUUUCGGUGUGAAGAUGGUGGCUCAGAGUUUGCAUCAGUGUGUGUAAUUUGAGUGAUUUUAAUCCCAAAUCUCACAUUUAAUGAAUGUUUCUGGACUGAGUAGCCUAAAUGCUAGCGGCAAUAGUUAUUAAAUCCAUUGUUGGACGCAAAGUAAAGUUGUUUUUUUUUGUCUGUUACUACACAGUCCUCUAAAUAAAUCCAGACAAUUUGUUGGAUGAUGAACCUACUACAGUAUUUACCUGCUAUGUUGGUUAACUAUUAAAAAGCUUUGGUUGAACCACAGUGAAUUUAAUUUAAAAAAAAUUGGUACUUUUAUCCCAGCUGAUAACUGAGACCUCACUAAAACAACACACCAGGAGACUGGAAUUCAUGCCACACUUGGCAAAAACGUUUUAGUAACCAGGGUUUUCAGGAGCAGCUGGUCAUGUGUCACACUGAUUUCCCAGCCAAACAAUAUAAAAGGAUACUCGCGCCUGCCUGCAAGUCUUACUCAUGCGGUUGAUUAUGUCAAGCAGCGGAGGACAAGGCUACACUCAUAGCUGAGUGGGAAGUGGCAAUUGCUAGUAUAAAGGUGUAUUCAAGUCUUCUCAAGUCCAAUUCCUACAAAAGAAAAAACAUAACAAGGGCAGAAAUCUUGCAGACUGUUGUCUUUGGGUAGCUGUUACAACUGUAUGCACUAUACUAUAUACAAAAUAUGUAUAUCUGGUGCACCAAACUGUCCUUUCACAAUAAUCAUAAACUGUUUCAGUGUUUAUUUCACAAUUAUAUGAAAUCUGUUAUUCAAAAUAUCCGAACACAACUGAGACUUUUUUUUAUUUAUGCAAACAAUAUUGUAUAGUCACUUAUCACUUGUUUUGUGAAUGCAAAUCGUUUUACUGAAAUCACUAUAAAUAAGCUACAAUACACCAUAUUUACACAUGGAAGAUCUAGUGAAAUAAUAAUGUGUAUAAUAUGUGUUUGCAUUACAACAUCCAGUAAUGAGAAGGCAGCAGCAAUGUUAUAUUUUGGUUUAAAGGAAAGCCCCUAUGAUCACAGGUCUGAUACAGUUCACUAUGAAGGCUACCUAUUCUUUGUAUCACUGUUGGCUCACUAUCUGAUUACCUAAUUGCUCUAAUGAAUGUUAUUAUGUGUCUUUGUGUACAUUACAAAUUUACUUUGGUUUAAGAUCCCCUGUUGAAUAUAUUUACAAGCUCUGUGACUGACAUUUCACAUCCUCCAUUUAUGCUGGAAAAUUACUGAGCUGCGCAUUUAUAUGUUUUCCACAUGUUGUUUGUGCCGUAAAAAUAUAAUCCCCAUGUUGCAAGUGUCCUGCAAAAACCUUGAAUCUCUACAAUGUCACAUUUGUCAUACUGAACUAUAUGAAAUUACAAUUAAACCAGUGAGUCAGUUUCAUUGUGGUAUUUUUGAAAUAGUUUCAGUGCAGUCUGGAAAAGUCCAAGGUUCAUGAAACAUUUUCUCAAUGUGGAAAACCUUGAUGGCUGCCUCUCACGGUGAUACAAGGUUUCUGUAAGAUAGUGCAUGCCAACGAUUUCAACCUAUUUUCCUGUGUUAGAAACCAUCCAAGUGUAGUCCACCUUGAACAAAACAAAUGAUUAUUGGCAAUGAGCAGCUGUAGCACAGUGUUUGUGGACCUCAUUAAACCAUCCAACUAACAGGUAAAAAAAAAAUGUCAGUAAAGCUACUACAGCUUUAUGUGUUUAGUCAUUGGUUUAUAUGGUUUAUUUAUUCAUUUAUUUGUUAAAUGAAACAAGAAACGUGGCUGAUGAUAAGAACAUGCACGUAAUUACAAAAACAAAGAAAGGCGUUUCUACAGAGGUAAGUUGUCUGUAACAUUUUUGGGGCUUAAUAGAGCUUCUUUGUUCUUCCUUUCUAAACUAUGAUUGUAGCUGGUUCUACUGGCUGCCCCCUCAACACCACACCAGAUGGUAUCAUAACAACACGGUAGAGUGCAGCCAGAGGACCUCUUCCAUACAAUAUACUACAGUUUAUGGGACCUUUUGUUUUAGUGUGAUUCAGCUAUAAAAAAGUGAAGUGUCAUUAAACUGUCUACAUUAAAAUUA